AAGAAAACUUUUUUCAAAACUUAACAAGAAAAGAUUUUUAACAGAAAUCAUUUGAAAAAAAUUGAGAAUGUAUACAUUGAAAGAUAAAGUAGCGGGGAGUCUUUCAAGUUUAUUUGCAGAUUCACCAAAUCAUUCUUCUCCUUCUUCAUCCGAUCUUUCUCAGGCCAGAUGGUAUUCCAAAGGAACAAAAUCUGUGUCUUCAAUUUUUUCUCAUAUUAUCCCUUCAGUAAGCUUCGGUGGUUCUAAAUUGAAUGAUCAUGGAAGUGAUCUCAAGCCAAUUCAGUCACUUCCUGUUAGAUGGAAAAAUAAGAAAUUUGAGGUGCAAGAUGAAUCCUUGGAUAGCUGUAAAGAAUAUAUCAUUACUUAUGCAAAUGAAGACUUAAAAAAGGUCUUUGAAGAUAGGAAUAAAAUUUGGACAGAUAGUGACAAUAAACAAACGGAUAGUCCUCAUAGUGAGGAUAAGGACCGCUCCUCAGAAAAGAGCAGCAGUGAUUCUGAUGAAUUUCAAGAAGCAAGAGAGCAACAGAGUCCAGGAACAAACCAGACGUUUGUAUUCACAACCAUAUAUGGUGAACCAAGGCUAUUCAGAGCAACUGGUAUGCUAUUUUGGCAAAGCAUUUUAUGUAUUUUAUUUCUUAGAUACUGUAGGGAACAUAUUAAGACAAAUCAUACGCAUGUAAUGAGAUAGAUAAAGAGAAUGAUUAAUUUAAUGUAUGACUGCUAAUUGAAAGAUGUGAUUUCCAUCAUGCUGCUAUUAAAACCUCCACAUUCUUCCUAUGCAAGAGUG